UCGGCUGCGAUUGGCCCGCGGCGGGACCCGUCGGCCGCGGGGGUGCCUGGGAAGGAGAGAGAGCAAGAGAAUGGCGGCGGAGCCGAGCAAGAGCGAAAUCCAGACUCUAUUUAAGAGGCUGCGCGCGAUCCCCACCAACAAAGCCUGCUUUGAUUGCGGCGCCAAGAACCCCAGCUGGGCCAGCAUCACGUACGGAGUUUUCUUGUGCAUAGAUUGUUCGGGUGUGCACCGCUCUCUGGGCGUCCAUGUCAGCUUCAUCAGGUCCACAGAGUUGGAUUCCAACUGGAAUUGGUUCCAGCUGAGGUGUAUGCAGGUCGGCGGGAAUGCCAAUGCGACAGCUUUCUUCCGCCAGCAUGGAUGCACAGCUAAUGAUACCAACACUAAAUAUAAUAGCCGAGCUGCCCAAAUGUACCGGGAAAAGAUCCGACAGCUGGGGAGUGCAGCCCUGGCCCGCCAUGGCACUGAUCUUUGGAUAGACAACCUGAGCAGUGCACCCAGUCAUUCUCCAGAGAAGAAGGACGCGGAUUUCUUCACGGAACACACUCAACCUCCUGCCUGGAACAUGACAGGCCCCCAGCCUGAGGAGAGCCCACAGCCAGCUCCUUCUGUGGACAGUGGAAGCCUAGCACAACCAGAGCUUGGCCCCACCACGGACCUGCUGAGCACCUCUCCCAAAGCAUCUCUGGAACUGAAAACUUCCCUCAUUGGCAAGAAGAAGCCAGCAGCAGCUAAGAAAGGGCUGGGGGCCAAGAAGGGCCUGGGGGCCCAGAAGGUGAGCAGCCAGAGCUUCAAUGAGAUCGAGCGGCAGGCCCAGGUGGCAGAGAAGCUUCGAGAGCAGCAGGUGGCUGACGCCAAGAAGCAGGCCGAGGAGUCCGUGGUGGCAUCCAUGCGUCUGGCCUACCAGGAGCUCCAGAUUGACCGGAAGAAGGAAGAGAAGAAGCUACAGACCCUGGAAGGGAAGAAGCGAGAACAGGCCGAGAGGCUGGGCAUGGGCCUGGUGUCCCGGAGCUCCGUGUCACACUCGGCACUCUCGGAGAUGCAGGUGAUCGAGCAGGAGACCCCGGCAAGCGCCAAGCCCUCCCGUUCCCAGCUCGACUUGUUUGAUGAUGUCGGCACUUUUGCUUCCGGACCCCCAAAGUACAAGGACAACCCGUUCUCCUUGGGAGAGAGUUUUAGUUCCCACUGGGAUUCAGAUACCACCUGGGGUGUGGACAGGAUGGAGGAGAAGGAGCCGGAAGUGACCAUUUCAAGCAUCCGGCCUAUAUCCGAAAGAGUCACGAAUCGGAGGGAAGCGGAGAGCCGGAGCUCAGGCCUCGAGUCAAGCGAAGCACGUCAGAAAUUUGCAGGCGCCAAAGCCAUCUCGUCAGACAUGUUCUUUGGGCGGGAGGUGGACACGGAGUAUGAAGCCAGGUCAAGGCUGCAGCAGCUCUCGGGUAGCAGUGCCAUCAGCUCCUCUGACCUCUUCGGGGACCUGGACAGUGCGCAUGGAGGUAGCGUGUCUCUGGGGAACGUUCUCCCUGCAGCUGACAUCGCCCAGUUCAAACAGGGUGUCAAGUCCGUGGCCGGGAAGAUGGCUGUGUUGGCCAACGGCGUGAUGAACUCUUUGCAGGAUCGGUAUGGCUCCUACUGACAACUGCCUACAGUGGGUGGACCGGCUCUGCUGUGUGAUGGGGUGGCCUGAGGAGGUCGGCAUGGGGCUGGGGCCCAGCCCUGUUCUCGGCCUCUUGGUUGAAUCCUGGCUUCCCUGCCCCUCCCCAUGCUCGAUCACUGUCCUGUCACCCCUACACCCCGCCAAGCUGCUGCUCACUGAUCCUGCCCCACCCGGGGAGGGGGCGUUCCCUCAGGACAGCGUGUUCUGGGUCCUGCUCCUCUAUUCAGGGAAAGGGGAAAGGGCAAGGCUCUAGGAUCCUAGGUUGGGGGACAGUGGGGACGGCUGAGCUGGAGCAGCAAGGAGGACCCUGGCAGGGCUCCCUCAGGGCUCGGAAUAACCUGUGCCCUCAGGGGUUCCAUGGGAGCCCAUGGCACAGUGUCCCCCCUCAGCGCUCGCUCAGCAGUUCCCUCUGGUGUCCCAAACCUUCCAUGCCAUCCAUCAUGAGCCUCAGGACUCUGUCCCUCUCCCCCUUUUCAUGACCAGGAUAGUGUCAUGUGUCCUGCUGUGGGGCCAUGGCAUCAUGUUGGCCAUGGAUGCAGAGGGCAGGGGGAACAGCGGCAGUUCUGGGGCUCCGCCUUCUGCAGCAUCCGGGGUUUAGGGGGAUCUGGAGAGCACCCCCAUCCUGGGAACUGCAGGCAUCUCCUGCAGGCUGCUGGGCCACACACUGUCCCCCCCCCCAAUGGCACCUUCCUUUCCUGCACAGCCAGCAGGUGGCCUGCCGAGAGGGGACCCGGGCACCCCAGCCCACAGGCCUUCUACCACCUCCUCCCCAAAGGGAUGGGACUGUCUUUCAGGACUGUGUAUUGAACAAGGUGGUGUUAAAUAAAGCUGGGGGCCCAGCCCCGCUGCUGCAAGUG